GGUUUAGCCUGUACGUUACCGACUGCUUCAGGUUUAGCCUGUACGUUACCGACUGCUUCAGGUUUAGCCUGUACGUUACCGACUGCUUCAAGUUUAGCCUGUACGUUACCGACUGCUUCAGGUUUAGCCUGCUUUUAAUAGGUGACAGCAUUUCCCCUUAUUACCUGUAACAAUCUGUAACCAUAGCAUCUGUGUUGGAUAAUGUAACCUAAUGCUUAGAACUCCUAACUCCUUACCAGUAGAUGUCUGUGUUUUGGUUAAAUCAUGUCACAUGACCUGUGUUUUAAACUUAGAGCUUUUCCCAGAAAUCAGACCAAAAGUGUAAAUUAAUUCAGAGGAGGGUGCUGGACCCUCUGACAAAAAGAAACGUGCGCAGUUCAAGGAAACGUUUUUAAAUGAAGAUUACAAUUAUCCACCAAAAUACAGAGCCCUAAUUUUGAGGUUUGUUUCAUAUAAUAUUUGAAAGAGCAAGGAAUAAACUUUGACACUGAAUAACGUAUUUUACUGAACUGUCUUGACAGUUCUUCAGAUUAUGUAUCAUGUAAAGAGAUAUUAUAUUCUCACGAUAGACUCGUAAAUCUGCUUUAUUUCAAAAUAUAAUCCCAGUGGACUACACAGGUUGGGCGAUUUAAAUCGACACGUGCAGAGGAAACUGAAAUAUUUCGUAUCGGUCUCCGAAAUGUUCCUAUGGUGAAACGGAAUCUCCAUAGCUGGAUGGUCUGCGGGUGUAGGGGCGUGUCCUGUAUACGACCUUAGAGGUAAGGACCCUGCAUGAACAUAGAACUGCCCUGAUAAAACUGUGUAGUGUUUUUCUGGACUUGGGGUCAUUCGCUCAGUCCCAACCUCACUUCAGAGACUUGUACUACUGACACAAUGGCCGCUAUUCAGAAACAUUGUCCAUAUACUCCUAAAGCCCCUGUACGGCAGGGCAUUUACAGCCAGGUGGUACUGGUGGACAGAACCAUGUACAUCUCAGGUCAACUGGGGAUGGAUGUGACCACUGGCCUCCUGGUUGAAGGGGGGGUGGAGAACCAGGCCAAACAGGCACUGAUUAACAUGGGGGAGAUCCUUAAAGCAGCUGGAUGCACUUAUGACAAUGUCAUCAAGAUAACCUUGCUGUUGGCAGACAUUAAUGACUAUGUCAACAUCAACAGUGUAUAUAAAACAUUUUUCAGCAAAAACUUCCCUGCCAAGACUACCUACCAGGUGGCUGCCCUCCCAAGAGGGGGUCUUGUAGAGAUGGAGGCCAUAGCUGUCCUGGGUCCCAUGUCUGACUCCUGACUGACCGGCCAAGGCAUCAACAAGUUGUAAACUUGUGAAAGUGAACUCCAAGAACCAUUGAAGUCUGUUUUGUGCUGGCAUUCUUGUGCCAUUUGUUUGGCCUGACCAGGAGUGGAGUGCUUUUUAUGUGGAUAGAAAGAGUUUAAGGCCAGAUGAUGUCAUCUAGGUUCAUCUGCCACAGAGCUGCUGCAGAUACUCAGUCCUUCCUUCCUUCUGGUAGUCAUCUUGUAGAGCCCUUGAUGUUAGGUUUAGUAUGGGUCUGUAAAAUUACUUUGUGACAAUGGCUGAUGUAAGAAGGGUUUUGUCAAAUACAUUUGAUUUAUUAAAACUUAAUAACAGUAACUACAUGAAAAUAUGCAUUUAUUGGAUCUUUUCUACUUCCAUUUUCUGACUUGUAGCCCACCAGUGAUAAUAAGUGUGGACAGGUUUGUAUCUCUAUGAUUUGAUCUAACGGUGUGGGAUGGUUUACCUUCAUGACCCUGGUAUUUAAACUCACCCAGUGUCCCAGGUCUGAGUCAGACAGCUCUCUGACUGAA